CACAGAUCACUUGAAAGGACGGAGUUCCGCUGAAUCGCUACUUAGGUGUAAUCUGUGAUUAAUAUGAUAGCAGUUCAGUGUGUUGGUUUCAAACGUAAUUCGUAGACAUUGUAUUUAUUUAAUUUUGUUAGUUUUUAUUGUACUACCAUAAAAGUAUUCUGAAGUUAUAAAGAAUGACAGAAGGACAAGUGUUGUUUGUACGGGGCGGCAAGUCAAAUUUUGAAGGCGAGGAUGGUGACUCCACGACAGCAGAGGAAGAUAUCUGGGAUGACACAGCUUUAGUACAGGCAUAUGACCGUGCUGUAUCUUUGGCAAAGGAGGAAGUUGUGCGUCGUAUGGGACUUGACAAGGAAAGCAUAUCUGGAAAUGAGAGCAAUGCAUCCAACAGACCUAGAAGGCGGAAGAAGAAGCACAACAAAGAGUGGCCGUUACAGUGGCAGGUUGGCACUCCUUGCCGUGCAGUAUACAGUGGAGAUGGCAGUAUUUAUGAAGCUACAAUAGAUGCCUUGUUCCAUAAUAAAGGGACUUGUCGUGUCAAAUACAUUGGUUAUGGUAAUGAGGAGGAGGUGCCAUUGAAAAUGCUUCAGCCAUCUCUAGGACAAGCUGCACGGAAGCUUCAAGAGGCAGCAGCAGCUGCACAAGUAUUGGAGGAACAACUGGUGCAAAAUGGCUUUGAGAUGGAAUGUAGUGAUGGGGAGUCUACAAAGGGAUCACAUUUCAAACCAAAGUUUGGAGCAGUUCCCAAGUCACCUCAAGGCAGCAGAAUGGAAUGGAAAUCUCAAACAGUACGACCUCCAGGUCCUGCCUUCUUUCCUCCUCAAUUUAGGCCUCUUCAUAUGCCACCAAUGGGUCUACCUCCAAUGGUAGUUCCACCUCCUCCUCCACCCCAUUUGACAGGCAGUUUUCCAGAGGAGGAUGCAGAGGCUCUGUCUGCAAUGCUGAUGUCAUGGUACAUGAGUGGUUUUCAUACAGGUUAUUAUCAAGGUUUGAAGCAAGCAAAGAAAUUCUCUCCUACUGGUGGUAAUUUCAGCAGAAGUUCUUCCAGAAAAAAGUGAAAUAAUUAAUAUUCUUCAUGGUAAAUUUUGUUUAUUUUGUUCUUAUGUCCUACUACACUUAAUCUGAAAUAGGUGUAAAGGUUUUUAACACAAGAUGUAUGGUAUGUGUUAUGAUUCAAACUAAAUUGAUAUUUCAAAAUAAAUUGAUAUACCACACUUGAGAAAUUCCACAAAACUGAGUUUUCCAAAGGCAAUUAAGUAAUGUUACAGAACAAGACUGAUGUAUUUUCUCACAGAGGUGUUUAAAUGUUUGUGGUUUAAAUAAUAAAGAACAUAAAUGUAAUUAAUUUUACAUAUGAAGUUUCA